CAAAUAACGAGCCUGAGCCCAAUGUCCCUCCUGUGCUUCUGUUCCUCGCAGCCCUCCCUCCUCUCCCCCAUCCCAGGCUUCUCUCCGCCUCUCUCUCUCCUCCCCCCGGCUCUCUGCUCCCGGAUCAGCUCCCUCCCUCCUUCCUCUGCUGCUCAGUCCGCAACAUUGUCCCCCCCUCCCCGGGAUCUGCUGAAGGGACUGGAGAGAAUUGUCGUCGGCUGUGGGGGGAGAUGGCGGCAGUGGCCGGGCCGGGGAUCAUUGCGCCGCUGCUCAGUCACUGGGGAACCCGGUGCGGCCCGAGGGCCUGAGUAUUGGUGAGACUGAGAGAGAGCGCGACCCCCGGGGCAGGAGAGAGAGAAGAUGUCGGGGGAGGUGCGUCUCAGGCAGUUGGAGCAGCUCAUUCUGAACGGGCCGGGCCGGGGGGGAUCCCUGAGUGUGGAGAGUCUGCUGGACUCGCUCCUGUGUCUGUACGAUGAGUGCUCCGCGUCUCCGCUCCGCAGGGACAAACACAUCCACGACUACAUCCAAUGGGCCAAACCAUUUGCCCUAAAAGUCAAGCAGAUGCGACUUCAUAAAGAAGACUUCGAAAUUUUAAAAGUUAUCGGAAGAGGAGCCUUUGGCGAGGUUGCUGUGGUCAAGUUGAAGAGUACAGAUAAAGUGUUUGCCAUGAAGAUUCUAAAUAAGUGGGAGAUGCUGAAAAGAGCAGAGACGGCUUGUUUCCGAGAGGAGCGGGACGUACUGGUGAAUGGAGACUGUCAGUGGAUCACUACCUUGCACUACGCCUUCCAGGAUGACAGCAAUUUGUACCUUGUUAUGGAUUACUACGUUGGAGGAGACCUGCUCACAUUGCUCAGUAAGUUUGAGGACCGGCUACCGGAAGACAUGGCUCGUUUCUACCUAGCAGAGAUGGUUUUGGCUAUCGACUCGGUCCACCAACUCCACUACGUCCACAGGGACAUCAAACCUGAUAAUAUCUUACUGGAUAUGAACGGACACAUCCGAUUGGCUGACUUUGGCUCCUGUUUGAAACUGAUGGAGGACGGAACGGUUCAGUCUUCUGUAGCUGUCGGGACUCCCGAUUACAUCUCUCCUGAGAUCCUUCAAGCCAUGGAAGAUGGGAAGGGAAAGUAUGGGCCGGAGUGUGACUGGUGGUCCCUCGGGGUCUGUAUGUAUGAAAUGCUGUAUGGUGAGACCCCUUUCUAUGCUGAGUCCUUGGUGGAGACUUACGGGAAGAUCAUGAACCACAAAGAGAGGUUUCAGUUCCCGACUCAGUUGGCCGAUGUCUCAGAGAACGCCAAGGAUCUCAUUCGUAGGCUCAUCUGUAGCCGCGAGCACAGACUUGGCCAGAAUGGCAUCAAAGACUUUAAGAACCACCCGUUCUUUGUGGGCAUCGACUGGGACAACAUACGCAACUGCGAAGCGCCUUAUAUCCCGGAAGUCAGCAGCCCGACUGAUACAUCAAACUUCGAUGUUGACGACGACUGCUUGAAGAACUGCACAGGGGCUUCCGUUUCUUCGCCCACUUACUCCAUAGAUUUAGAGGCUGAUCUCCAAGCAGAAGGCCUGACUGAGCCCAAUCCGAACGCCCAGCACCCCGUGGCCGAGACUAUGCCACCCCCGAUUCACACCAGCUUCUCUGGACACCACCUGCCGUUUGUUGGAUUUACCUACACGAGCAACUGUGUACUUUCAGAUCGGAGCACUCUAAGAGAUGCAUCUGGGACGUCCAGUACCGAUCUCGAUGCCAAUGUCCAACGAACGCUAGAAGACAGUUUAGCUACAGAAGCGUAUGAGAGGCGCAUCCGGCGUCUGGAACAGGAGAAGAUGGAACUGACUAGGAAGCUACAAGAAUCCACUCAGGCCGUUCAGGCCCUCCAGUACUCGCCAGUCGAUGGGCCGGUCACUGCAAGCAAAGACUUAGAAAUAAAAUCUUUGAAGGAAGAGCUAGACAAGCUGAAAACUCUGGGUACAGGUGCCAACCAACCCAACCAGCAACUGGAGAAGUUGAGCUUAACGCGGCCAGAUAUCGAGGAAUUCUCCCGACAAAUCAAAGUGUUUGAGAAACAAGUGAAAGUUCUGAAGCAGGAGAAGGAGGAUCUGAACAAGGACUUGGUGGAUUCCAAUGAGAAGAUGAAAAUCCAAACAAAAGAGCUGAAGGAGGUGCAGAGCCAAAGGAAGCAGGGCUUGCAGGAAAUGGCAGAGGUUAAUGAGAGACUUACUGAACUGCGCUCCCAAAAGCAGAAAUUUGUGAGGCAGCUCCGUGACAAGGAAGAGGAGAUGGAGGCCAUGACGCAGAAGGUCGAAGGCUUAAGGCAAGAUCUUCGCCGGGUGGAAAGAGCGAAAAAAGAGCUUGAAACCCAAGUGGAAUCCACAGCCUCUGAGGCCUCCAAGGACAGGAAACUGCGGGAGAAGAGUGAGCAAUACACCAAACAGCUGGAGAGCGAAUUAGAAGGACUGAAGCUUAAACAUGUCGGCCGCUCUCCGGGGGUCAGCAAUUCCGAACACCAGCAGGAGAUCGCCAAACUGAAGACGGAUCUGGAAAAGAAGAGCGUCUUUUACGAAGAGGAGUUCGCCAAGAGGGAAGCGUUUCAUGCCAACGAAAUCAAGAACCUGAAGAAGGAGCUGCGGGACGCAGAGAGCCAACAACUGAACCUCAACAAAGAGAUCCUGGUUCUGAAAGACAAACUGGACAAGACUCGCAGGGAAAGCCAAAGUGAAAGGGAGGAGUUUGAAGCUGAAAUGAAGCAGAAAUUUGACCGUGAGCGGCUCCUGUUAAUGGAGGAAAACAAAAAGCUCUCCAACGAGCUGGACAAGCUUAGCACCAUGUUUGAAAAAGUGAGUGUGAAUAACCGGCAUCUGGAGGAAGAGAUGAGAGACCUGGCUGAUAAGAAAGAGUCAGUGGCUCACUGGGAGGCCCAGAUCACUGAAAUCAUUCAAUGGGUGAGCGACGAGAAGGACGCACGGGGGUACCUACAAGCUUUGGCUUCCAAGAUGACUGAAGAGUUGGACACCCUGCGGAAUUCUAGCCUGGGUGCCAAGUCUACUGACAUGCCGUGGAAAAUGCGUCGCUUUGCCAAGCUGGACAUGUCGGCCAGGCUGGAACUGCAGUCGGCGCUGGAUGCAGAGAUCAGAGCCAAACAGGCCAUACAGGAGGAACUGAACAAAGCUAAAGCUGCCAUUAUCGCUACUGAAUGCACUCUGCAAGAAUCUGAGAAGAAGAAUCAAGAUCUCACGACGGAAAUUGAGAAAUUGAAGUCGGAAACAGACGAGCUGAGAACAGAAAAAGGUGUCAAACACCAGGAGUCCCAGAAUUCCUUUUUGGCUUUCCUGAAUGCACCAACCUCUGUGCUUGACCAUUUUGAACGAUCUCCAUCCAGCAAUCCCGCCAGCAAAGGCAGACGUGUAAGAGGCUGUCUUGCUUUGUGUGCACCCCCUUUUCUGCCUGUGAUGGACUCUGUGGAUAACUUCACCCUGUCCAAUACACCUUCACGCGACGAGGAUGUCAAAUCACAAGCCCCUUCCCGAUCCAGAUCUCCCUCUACCAUGAGCGACAUCGAACCUGGCGAGGUAACAGAUCAUCGGUCAGCUCAGACACCAACUAUGAGGGCCUCCUACCUGAACUCUGGAUCAUUUUCCCCUAAGCCCAAAGCCCACCAGUUUGUAGUGAAGACUUUCAACGCGCCUACAAAAUGCAACCAGUGCACAUCUCUGAUGGUGGGGUUGAUACGUCAGGGCUGCAACUGUGAAGUGUGCGGAUUCUCCUGCCAUGUAACGUGUGCUGAUAAAGCCCCAGCCGUGUGCCCCAUCCCUGCUGACCAGACAAAGGGACCCUUGGGGAUAGAUCCCCAGAAAGGAAUUGGAACAGCGUAUGAAGGUCAUGUUAAAGUUCCCAAGCCGGCCGGUGUCAAGAAGGGUUGGCAGAGAGCAAUGGCAGUCGUAUGUGAUUUCAAGCUUUUCUUGUACGAGAUCGCGGAGGGCAAAUCCUCCCAGCCCAGUUGUGUAGUGAGUCAAGUUAUCGAUAUGAGGGAUGAAGAAUUUGCAGUGAGUUCUGUUCUGGCAUCUGAUGUCAUCCACGCCAAUCGCAAGGACAUCCCGUGCAUUUUUAGGGUAACAGCUUCUCAGCUCUCAGCGUCAAGCAACAAGUGCUCAAUCCUAAUCCUGGCUGACAGCGAGAGUGAGAAGGGCAAGUGGGUGGGAGUGCUGAAUGAACUGCACCGGAUCCUGAAGAAGAACAAGCUCAAAGACCGGGCAGUCUACAUCCCUAAAGAGGCCUACGACAGCACUCUGCCGCUCAUCAAGAACACUCAGUCGGCUGCUAUAUUGGAUCAUGAACGAAUAGCACUGGGCAAUGAGGAGGGACUGUUUGUUGUACACGUCACGAAAGACGAGAUUAUUCGUGUUGGAGAUAACAAGAAAGUUCACCAGGUUGAGCUCAUCCCCUACGAGCAGCUCAUUGCAGUGAUAUCCGGAAGGAACCGCCACGUCCGGCUUUACCCCAUGAUAUCCCUGGAUGGGCGAGAGACAGAGUUUUAUAAACUGGUAGAAACUAAAGGCUGCCAGGGCAUAGUAUCUGGACAGGUGCGCAACGGGGCCCUCACGUGCUUAUGCGUGUCCAUGAAAAGACAGGUUCUCUGUUAUGAACUCAACCAAAGCAAGACACGCCACAAAAAGAUCAAGGAGAUCCAGGUUCCGGGAAAUGUUCAGUGGAUGGGUAUUUUUAACGAGCGCCUGUGCGUGGGUUUUCAGUCGGGAUUUAUUCUGUAUCCUUUGCACGCUGAAGGGAGCCCGUAUAGCCUUCUCCAUUCAGACGACCACACACUGUCUUUCAUCACGCAGCAACCUACGGACGCCAUUUGUGCAGUUGAAAUCUCAAAUAAGGAAUACCUGCUGUGUUUUAGCAGCGUUGGGGUUUAUGUCGACUACCAGGGCCGAAGGUCACGGCAACAGGAACUAAUGUGGCCUGCCGUUCCUUUGUCUUGCUGCUACAAUGCGCCGUACCUCUCUGUGUACAAUGAGAACGCAGUGGAUGUGUUUGAUAUUAACUCCAUGGAGUGGAUUCAGACGAUACCGCUUAAGAAGGUGCGCCCAUUAAAUUCCGAGGGUUCCCUAAAUCUCUUGGGCUUGGAGACCAUACGCCUCAUAUAUUUUAAAAAUAAAAUGGCAGAAGGGGAUGAGCUGGUGGUACCUGAGACAUCAGACAACAGUCGGAAGCAGAUGGUUCGGAACACGAAUAACAAGCGGCGCUACUCGUUCCGUGUGCCGGAGGAGGAAAGGAUGCAGCAGAGGAGGGAAAUGUUGCGAGACCCAGAAAUGAGAAACAAAUUGAUUUCCAACCCAACCAAUUUUAACCACAUAGCGCACAUGGGCCCCGGAGACGGUAUCCAAAUCCUGAAAGAUUUGCCAAUGCCUCGAUCCCCCUAUCCAUCCCCCCUCCGCCAUCAGUCCAGCCUGAUCUCCACACCAAGCAACUUUGAGCACGUCUAUCACAUGACUGUAAAUUCAGCCGAAAAUUUCCUCUCUUCCGACUCCGUAAACCUUGCCUCCUCUUCCUCCUCCUCCCCGUCUCUCAGUGCUACCCCUGGCUCCCACAGGAACCUCCGGCAGCAAGACAGUCGUACGAUGUUCAGUGGCUCGGUCAGUAUUCCGUCAAUCACAAAAUCACGCAUGGAACCCGGCCGCUCAAUGAGUGCCAGCAGUGGCCUGGCUGCUAGGUCGUCGCAGAAUGGCAGCGCUUUACGGAGAGACCUCUCUGGUGGUAGUUACGGGGCAAAACGCCAGCCAAUGGCAUCGCCGUCUGAUGGAUCCUUGUCUUCGGGUGGACUUGACCAAGGAAGUAAUGCACCAGCCAGAGACUUUGAGCGAGAGGACUCAGACUCUCCAAGGCAUUCAACAGCUUCCAACAGCUCCAACCUCAGCAGCCCCCCAAGCCCCACGUCCCCUCACAAGACUAAGAGCAGCUCAUUAGAGAGUUCGGAUCACGUGAGUUGGGAAGCAUGAACUUGCUCCACCUUCUUCCCCACGUCUCCUCACGGCCACAGGCCUUCCCAGGCGUCAGCCAACCAGGACUACUGUAGAGCGACGGAGAUCAGAUACGUUGCCCUGUACCAUUGUCACUGAAUGCCUCCGACUGGCGCGAAGAGUUGGGGAACAGAUGGUAGAUGUGGUUGCUUUUUACAUGGUUUACAUGUGGUUUAUUUGCUACGAACACAUAAAGGCCAAGAUGAAGCAAAUGUUACAAGCAAGAUGAACAUUGGGUGCGUGCGUAUGUGAGGGGGUAACCUCUGCUCCCUGUAAGAUGGAGAUCAGCACUGUGUCACCUGACCUCUCCAAGGAGAACAUAUCAGGUGCAUCAGCCCAACCUCAUUGGGUAUUGAUCAAGACCACCCUCUUAUGCCCAUAACGUAUUUUACUACACAGAGAGUUUAGUCUAAAUAGUACAUGUGUAUAUAUAUAUAUAAAUAUGAGGAUCAUGUAUUCCCUUCGAGGAUAGAGACAUAUUUAAAGAAAAAGAGAGAGAUUCUGUAAUUUUAGCAAUGAAUUGUUUGCUUUCAUAUGGAUCAUGUAUAAAGCAGUUUAUUGGAGCA